AUGUGCUAGUCGGUUAGCCGGGAGUUGAUUUGCUACGUAGUUUCCUGGCUAGCGCUACGCUGGCCAGUUAGCUGCUUUUAUGCGGUCUGUAGUAGCUGCUGCGAAAUGAAAGGAGUGUUGCACCAAUGGAUGUACCCACGUGGAUUUGUUUCGCGCAGGUCUGCACGCGGCAAGCUGGCGACGCGCUGCCGAUUUGGCAUGCUGAUUUAUGGUGAAGGGCGCGCGCAUGUGCUUCGUCGCUCUACACGGAAGUACUCGUGUCGGCAGCAGCUGAGCUGAGACGACUGGAAAUAGCGGCAACGAUGAUUCUCCACUGGCUGGAGUGUGCGGCAUUUCAUAUUGAAACUUGGUUCAAAAUUCACCUCAUUGCUGCGGAGUACUUUUUCAAAGAAUGCGCGCAACGGUUCAAAAGUGUAUAUUCUCUGCCGGCACCAAAAACAUAUUGCUCUGUGGACAAGAAAACUGCUGUCGUUACUGGCGGAACGCAGGGUUUAGGGUUGGAAACGGUCAGAGCCUUGCUAGCUCUAAACGCUCGAGUCAUUGUCGGAAGUUCUUCACCAGUGCGAUCUCUAAACACCAAGAAAUGCCUGGAAGAAGACAUCCCUGGAUGUGAAGUGGAAAUACUGCCACUUGACCUCAGGUCGAUGUCGUCUGUCGACAAUUUCGCGCAGGAAAUUCUCCGGCGCAAUGUCGUCGUAGAUAUACUCAUCUGUGGUGCAGGGGUCAUGUUCAAUCCAUACCAAGAGACUGAAGAUGGGUUCGAAUCGCAUAUGAGUAUCAACUACCUUGGCCACUGCCUUUUGACGGCUUUACUGCUUCCACGAUUAAUAUCUGCCGGAACACCGAAGAGGAUGGCUAGGAUAGUUAAUGUUUCCUCCUGUGUGCACAAAGUUGCCCGCAUAAACUUCGAUGACAUGCACAGCAGAAAGCUCUAUUCAAGUUACUUCAGCUAUGCACAAUCUAAGCUAGCCCAAGUGAUGUUCACUCAGUCACUAGCACGUUACUGUCGUGUGGAACACAUUCCUGUGACAGCAAAUUGCCUGCAUCCUGGAAUUGUGGAUACAAACCUGUACAAACGAGUCUUCUGGGCUCCUUUAGUUUCUGGAAUUUUCUUCAAGACACCCGACGAAGGAGCACAAACGAGCCUGUAUGCUGCCUUGUCUUCAGACAUGGAGGGUGUCAGUGGUGCCUACCUGGAGGAAUGCACUGUUUCUGAGCCAGCACCUCUGUCAAAAGACCGUGCCUUGCAAGAUAGGUUGUGGAAAGAAACCUGGGCCUGCUUGCAGCCUUGGCUUCCUUCUGCAGCGUCGCCACUUGCUACUCAACCAUUCCUUCGUGCCUAGGUCUCAAAAUGAAGUCAUAGAUUGGGGGUCCAAGUAGGCUUCAGUAUCCUAAACACCUCGCAAACGUAGUCGAGGCUAUGGAAAUUAGCAACAUGAAAUGCACACUUCUGGUACAUUUGACUGGUAGCUUUCAAGUAUUUUCAGUAUACGCUUUUCAUUUGAUAAACCCUGCCCAAGCCGAAUGUUCAUCUGCAUCCAGAGCGAUUGGAGAAUUGUAAUGGAUUAAUGGCGUGGCCGGAUUCUGUUGGAUCUCAGUUGCCCUCUCUGCUUAAAGGACACCAAAGGCAAAUAUUAAGUCGAUAGGAACUGUUAAAAUACCAUUCCAGAAACGUUGCAGUGCUUGUUCCAUGUUCAGAAAAGACUUAGUUUAAGACAAAAUUGUGCCUGAAGGGUCUGCAUACCUUUAGAGCAGAGCAAUUCAAAUCAACCGCUCCCCGAGUAGGGAGCAGUGUCACAUUGCACAUGUCAUCAGCGCCCUUCUUUGCCAUCGCUGCGUAAACCGGCGCCAGAUAGAUGGUGCUAUGGUUGAUUGCAUAAAACACGAACACACAGCCAUGGAGAAACCAAGCCAAGACAGAGCAUUAGAUUCGCUGCUGCAGCUGUUCUUGGGUCAAGUGACAUGAACCAUUUGAGCAUCCCACGACAUCACAUGGGCGUGGAAUUCUCUGCUACUUGCAGUUUGUGCGAGUUUUACGAGCCAGCAAAGCCAGAGCAGCACUACAUGAUAACGAAACUACUGAAACACGAUAGCGUGAACAGUGCAGGGUCGAGCAAGAACGAAACUUUUUGACUGGCUGCAUCGUUGUUAAGGGUAAUGUCUAAAAGUUAUUUUUUUUUGUUACUCAACUAGAAUUAGAUUAUUGCAUGCAAUGCAGUGAUCUUUUUAUUAUAAGUGGUCGAGUACUAGUGACAAUUGUAAUGGGGCUUGCCUACGUCACCAGGCUAGUACUUGAAUGUCACAGGGGAGUCUCAAAUCGUGUUCUGCAUUUACCUAAAUUUCUUGAUUACUAAAGCUCUGUUCACUAUAGUGACACCGUAGAGGUUCUCGAGCAUUAAUCCAUUGCUUUAGCUUGACUUAAUAUUUGCCUUUAGUGUCUCUAUAACGCUAAAAACACCUCCAAGUUCUUUCUGCUGUAACACAACACUCUGAAUGAAUCGGGCUAAUGGCUCCAAUCUCUAGAGGACUGUGCAUUGCAGCAAAUUGAAUCGGGGCGCAGUUGAAACCAUUUGAAUGUAACAUUAGUUGUUAUAUGAGGGGCAGAACGAUCGAACUUGCAAGGUACGACGAAUUGCAUUGAAGUACGUUCCAUGUCCACAUGGAAACAUCUGAUGAUGAUUAUGGCACAGACAGUUUCGGCUGAAAGAAGUUACAUAUGGUUACUGCUUAAACAUUUCACUACCUUUACCCCAUCCAGCUUGUUCACCUAAAAUGCAUGUCUAUCUAAAGAAUGUCUGCUUGCAUCACUGUCAUAAAGUGAACCAUGGAGUGGGUGCUAUAUCUGCAUUACAAUUGCAUGGUGCCUUGUUUUCAUCUGUAAACUCGUUCACCAAGGAUCCGUGUGCAUGCCAUAUGUAGCAGCUCAAGCUGUAUGCUGGCUAUUGUGGCAUUAUGGCAGUAAAGAAUUUCUAUAUUGAAACUGCAUCUAGUCAAAACUACGUCUAGAAAACUUAAUUCUGAUGGCAGUCUAAACUUCUUCCUAUAACUCUUCCUUUGUUUUCUCAGUCUGCUGCUGCUCAUGCAGCCAAAUGCCACGUAGGCCCAAAUAAUCUGGCUGCUGUUGUUUUUUGUUAGCAUUGCUUGUACCGACAGUAUUGGUCAAGAAUUGGAUGGGUAGUCAAAAUCACAAUAAGCUAGAGUUGCAAAAUUGUAGAAUUAAUGAAAGUGCCAUUAGAAAGCCUAAAUUGCAUGUUAAUUUUAAGAUCAACAAAAAGAGAUCCAUUCAGGGAGCAUCAAUUGAAAACUACAAAAAAGAAAACAAAAAACACAUGGAAACCACCGUUGUUCAGCAAACUACUCAAGUGCUAAUUUCACCUGUGAAAGAGCAAGACAUUGUGGACAGGCUGCAAACCAUUGCGUGGUCCUUCUGUUGAAGCUUGUUGCUUUAGCAUGUUGCUCUUUCGUUCAAUGAAAUAUUCAGACUGUUAAGCAAGCAUUUGAACACCUUCAAAGGAUCUUAUCUAAAUAAGAAUAGUCGUCUAUCUUGCUUGCAUUUCCGUUCGUGAAAACUCUGCCCUUGCUACUUUCCUGUCAAGAAAGCUGUGUCAUGCUGAUGUGCAUGCUAUUCGUGACCUUGAAGUACUGGGUAUGCAGCAUGAACAAAAGGCAUGAAAGAUGGAUUACAAUUAUUGUUUGAGGGCAAGACAAGCCCCAAGAGUGCAAACUUUUCUUAUAAUAUAAUCCUAGUAAAGUUUGAAAUGUUCACUCCUAUGAGUAAACAUCAGCAUAUGUGAUCGAUUGGCCCAAAAUGUUGUGAAAUGCUUGGAGAACAAAAUAGCCUCUAUGCUAUCAUUUAUGCCAUGCUUGCCAUCUGUUACCGGAACCAGAUGCUGCUAGAAGUUCAACUACUAUAUCAUAGGGUCUUGGAACUUUUUGGCGUGCUGAACUGGGCCUCACGCCAGAAUAAAUGUGCUGCGAGGCCUUAUUUACAUACUUCAUUAUUAUUAAUGCCAUGUGUUUCUAAAUAAUAAAGCCAUGCCAACGCCCUACACAACGUACUUCAUUUUUCUCGUGAGAAUCAUCCCACGGGCGUCUGUAGCUAAACAUUUCUGUGAAUACACUGCAGACUUUGCGGAUAGUUCAUUUCUGCAAGAAUUAUAUUUGCUUUCUUAAGUCAGCACCUGCUGUGGUCCUCCUGGAUCCAGUACACAUUGUCGACUGCAAUUGAAGGAGACAAAUCACAAAUAUGUUGAAUCUCGUCAGCAUGAUGGACGACACAUUUUUAAUGUUCUGGUUUUGAUAGCACCUGUAUAGGCUAUAUUACAUUCUCUGUUAACCAGCCUGCAGUAAGGCCCAUAACAGUGAGUGAGGGUGAGACAUUAAAAUUGCAUUAUUGUUCUCCAAUACCGUUAGCUGGGUACUUGGAACUAAUAUUUUAGCCAGGAUGUGUUUGCCUAUAAAUACUGUAUGUGACAGACACCAACUGUUCAUUGUCUGUAAAGCUCGGUUUGCAUAGGCACCAUUUCUUAUACAUCCUUGUUUAAAAAGUUUCCACAUGCUGUCCUGUUGGUCCAUGCAUGUACAAUAUUCUCAUGAAGUCUUGGCAGUGUAUGGUUGCGCAAGGUAUUUGAGGACAUAAUAACGAUUCCAGGAAUAUCAACAAUAUUUUAGACAAGGUUCAGUAUAUUCGUUCCAAAUAUUUUACAGUUUCUUUUUCCACUUCUAUAAGACUGAGGAAUAAAACCAUUUGCAGCCUCAA